AUGGCUCCGUACGGCGCUGACACCACGGCCACUCAGCUGGUCAACGACUACGCCGACCUCAUCAAAGACAAAGUCGUUCUGGUCACCGGUAUCUCUCCGGGUUCCCUGGGCGGAUAUUUCAUCCAGGCCAUCGCCAAGGCAGGCCCAUCGUGCCUCAUUCUCGCGGCCCGCAACCCAGAAAAAGCCCAGCAGACGGCCAACGAGAUCAGCGCUGCUCAACCAACCGUGAAGACUCGCACCCUCCAAUUGGAUCUCGGAUUAUUCAAAAAUGUCCGCCAGGCGGCGGAUGAGGUCAACUCCUGGGAUGAUGUCCCCGUCAUUGACGUGCUGGUCAACAAUGCGGGGAUCAUGGCUCCGGAGUACAAGGUCACUGACGAUGGCCUUGAAUCCCAACUGGCGACUAACCAUCUCGGCCCUUUUCUGUUUACCAAUCUCAUCAUCGAGAAGAUUCUGGCCUCCAAGAGCCCCCGUGUGGUCAUGGUGAGCAGCGACGGCCAUCGCCUUAAUCCCUUCCGGUUUGAUGACUACAAUUUUGAUGACGGGAAGAGUUACAACAAAUGGUAUGGUUAUGGUCAGUCCAAAACUGCCAACAUGUUGAUGUCCAUCUCACUCGCGGAAAAACUUGGCAUCAAGCACAAUCUUCUCUCCUUUAGUCUUCAUCCUGGUGUGAUCUGGACCAAUCUCGCCAACCACUUAAAUAUGGAAACGGAUUUUGAUGGACUGCGUGCCGCCGAUAAAUCUUUGGGAAACCGUGAAGGCUGGGGAGAAUUCAAGAUAAAGACGCUCGAUCAAGGUGUAGCGACACACGUUUACGCAGCGUUUGAUCCGGGUCUGAAUGCCCACAACGGUGCGUAUCUGAUAGAUUCUCGGAUCGGUAAUCCUCUAGCAGACACGAUCAAGCCAUGGGCCACCAGCAGCCUGGAAGCAAAGAAACUUUGGCAUUUAAGCGAGAAGCUUGUUGGCCAGGAGUUUGCUUACUAG